GCGGGCUCCCAUUGGCCGCGGGGCGGGACGUGCCGCCCGCUCCGGCCCUAUAUCAGGGCAAUAUUGCCCCGGCGGGGCGCGGGGCAGGUGUCGGAGCGGCGCUGCCCGCGCAGGCAUGGACCUGGGGUACCUCUCCAUCGGGCUGUGCCGCGGGGUCCCGGUGCCCCCCUGCCCGCGACGGGGACCCGGAUCCUUCCCCCCGCCGGACAUCGCGGCCCCCCCCCCCGCCGCCUGCCUGCGCGGGGUGCGCGGCGGUCCCGUGCCCCGGCUACGAGCGGCCCCGCGGAGCUGGGACACCGGGAGAGCGCUGCAGGGACCCACCGCGCCCCGACGACUCCGGGACCCGCCGCCCGACCCCUCCGGAGUUCGGCCGCCCCCGGCCCCGUCCCGGCUCCCCGACCCCCGGGACGGCCCCGGCGGCGCCCCGCACCUUCGAGUGGAUGCGAGUGAAGCGGAGCCCGUCCGGGAGAAGCGGCGCGGCGCCUCCCGCCUGCCCCCUGCGCACCAGCUUCAGCACCCGGCAGCUCACGGAGCUGGAGAAGGAGUUUCACUUCAGCCGCUACCUGUCGCGGGCCCGCCGCCUCGAGGUGGCCCGCUCGCUGCGCCUCCGCGACGCCCAGGUGAAGGUCUGGUUCCAGAACCGCCGCAUGAAGCAGAAGAAGCGGGAGCGGGAGGCGCUGGCAGCCCCCCGGGCAGCCCCGGGGAGCCCCCCCUGAGCCCCGCCUGGGCGUCGGGGCUGCGGCCGGCUCCUCCGUCAGGGCCGGCCCCGCUUUCGCUGCCGCUUACCUGCGGCCGUGUCGCGGAGCAUCGGCAGGGAAAGUUGCUGCCGGCCCCAAGCGCCGCUGUUCGGCUCCGUCUUGGAGCCCCCGGCCGGGCCCAGCCAGCAGCCGUCGGGGAGCGGUGGGGGGCACCGGGGGCCCCGAGCUGCCGCCCUCUCCUGCGUUUAUCUCGUGGGAAGGGAGCUGCGCGGGGCGGCGGCACGGCGGGUGGGCGCGCACGGCUUCUGGCAGCGCUCCUGCAGGAGCCGGGGGAGCCUCGACGGGGCAGGGCAGAGCGCGGAGGGCUUCCCCUCACGGCGACGGAAAGGAUGCGCGCCGGUAUCAAGCGUGGCGCGGAGCCCCCUUAGGACAAGCGCCCUUAUCUUCGUCCCCGGGGCCACAGUGGCGGGGCCCAGCCGGUGCCCUCCCACGGCUCCCCCCCGGGCACCUCUGGGGUGGGGGGACAGGGACGGGACGGGACGGGACGGAAGGGCGCAGGGCCUCCUGCAGCUCCCCUGUCCCGGGUCCCGGCCGCCCGCCUCCCCCGGGCUCUCUUGUUGUGUACGGGUGAAAAACUGCACCGCGUUAAAUCCGUAUGCAAAACGGAUUAAAGCGCAGAAGGAGCCCGGGGAUUCCUGUGUCUUUCUCUCGGAGUAGCGGUUCAGAAAGUGACAGCCAUUGGUUGCUCCACAGAAGCGCAAAAUUCACCAGGGAUCCCCGCUUCCCCGGAUUUCACCUCUCCCAGAGGUAAA